AUGUUCAGCAGCGCAUUAGAGGACAAGAAUCACGUUCGAGAUCACGGGAAGGCGUUCGUUUUUAACGUAAGGGAAGCGGUGGGUUUGUCACUUCCUCGACCUCCUCUGCUUACUUUGCUCUCAGCCGCAUCAGCUUAUGCAUGUCAUACCAGGAUUGCUCACCUCUUGUCGCCAGCACACCAAUACGUCCACUGGCAAAUAAACGCCGGUCUGUGGUCGCCUCCUCCCUCUUUUGCUCAUCCUUUGUCGAAUGAUCGAAUCGAACGUUCUCGAAGCUCAUUGCAUUCCAACAAAUUCCCCGAGUCCCGCCGAAACGAACCACAGGCGGUGAUUAAGAAAAUGUCCUGUUCACGGGAGGUUGAGAUCGCAUUGAAGUAUCUUCAACAAGUGAUUUCCUCACAGAGCCCACAGUUGAUUUUAAAUAGCACAUCAGCAGUAUUCGAUGUUGUAUCCACAAACUGUAACCAUAAGGAUAAGCAACUUCAGGCUGCUCUUGUCCAACUUUUACGAUGUACAGAUCACGAUUGCAUUCGCGCAGACGCAAAACCAAAAACUCAAGAGAUUCGUGAUGCUGUUGAGAAACUCUCCGAGGCUGUAAAAAGUGGUUCAACAGCUACAGAUGCCAGUGUAAGUGGCACGGAUACGCCACCACCUGCAUUCGAUACGGGAAAACCUAAACAACACAGGGACCCAGAAGUACCCAAUGCCGAUAGUUUCAAGUCAGCGUUAGACGAAGAACAAACACUCGACGAAUUGCUGAACAAACUCAAUUUGAGAAAGGUGCCAAAGUUUUCACCAAAGUUCCCAGAUUUGGACACAGGAGAUUCUGACGAUGAUUACGCUAUCACGACAGACGAGAGAAAAGAGGAACGAGAAGAGAAACAUGGACAAAAACUGUGCGAGGAAGAAGUUCAGAAAAUGCCAGAUGGUACGGAAGUGCGUGUGAAGAAAACUCGAACAGUCAAUGUUCAACAAAGCAGGAAGCAUGUGACAAUCUCCAGCCGUGGUGGCGGUACUCCAGGAAUUACGCGACAUUUUACUGACGGGAAAAGUGCGAUGGAGGAAGAUGAAGAAAUGGAAGAAAGUGACUUCUUUAAGCGAGAUCCUUUCGAUAGAUUCCGAGGGAGACAUCCACCGGAUAUGGAAUCCAUUGAAUUGGCUACACCAGGAGCUGGUCAAUCGACAAAAACAAAGAGUGUUGAAAGAACCAGCGAGGUCUCUCAGUCAGUAAGUGAACGAAAGGAAAGAGACGGACGAGUUCUACGGGAAAAUGCUGCUCAAAAAUUAGAUAGCUCUGCACUGACAGCACGUCAGACGGAUACCUUCCAGGGCUCGCACUUGCUCGAUCGAAAAGGGGAGGGCACGUAUGAGGAGAGCAGUGUAGUACGUCGUGGACCGCUUGCCCUAGGACCUCAACCUGUUCUUCCACCUCGAAAACAUGUCGUAGAAUAUAUGCAGACAUUCGGCAAUAAAGAGAACACAGACGUCGAGUUUUUCCGGGGAACAGCUCUCUCAUCCUACAUUACACUGAACGACAAUCUGCGAUUCCAUGAGGAGCAAUUCCGAAAGAAACUGCAAUUUGAGUUCUCUUCUGCAGGAACCUCAAGAGUAACCCCUGAUUUUGCCAACCUCGCUGGACUCCUCCAAGAUACCGACUUGGGACCUUUCCAACUCCCAUCAAGAUUUGCGGACGAGGAGGAAGAUGAUAACCUCGCACCUCCACGCGCAAUCGAUUGGUUGGAAAAGCGCGCAAUCGCGCACGUCCCAGAAACUAUCUGUACGUUGGACGCCUCAGAGUACCUUGUAAUGCGAGCGAGGGAAGAUCUAUCGAAACCUCCCGAGGUUCGAGGUGGUCCGCGAGACGCGUUAAUUGUCCAUGCGACUGAGCACAAUUCGUCUGCACUUUUUCAAGAAGCAUUCCUUGUCACUUAUCGAACAUUUAUAUCAUCUCAUGAUCUCAUUAACAAACUCAUCACAAGAUACGUGUAUAUGUCUAUGUCGGGAGAUCGGGCAUCACAAUCAGCAGCUCGACUUACAUUUUCUGUACUGGUACGAGUAGUUGAUGAGCUGACAAAUUACGAGUUGAGCGAAGCACUCGUGCAUACUGUCACCUCAUUCGUUUACCGCCUCAUUCACGAAGGAAAUCUGACCUUCGCUAGACUAUUGAGAAAACGCCUAUUAGAUCGUAUAGUCACACCAAAACCACUUCCACCAACCUUGUCGAAAUUGACGCCACCUCGGAAACCCAACACAAUUUUCGACUUUCGCUCGUCUGAUGUCGCCUGCCAAAUGACAUGUAUCGACUCACAAUUGUUCCACCUUAUUGAGCCAUCCGAAUUACUGUGGUGGUCUCAAGAGCAGGAUGAGUUGAAGAGCCCUAAUUUGGUAGCUUUCACGGAACAUUUUAAUAAUGUAUCGUUUUGGGUUCGUACUCUAGUAAUAACUCCAUCAAAUUCUAAGGAAAGGGAGAAGUACAUGCUGAAGUUUAUCAAAAUAAUGAAGCAACUGCGGCGGCUUGGGAACUUCAACUCAUAUUUGGCCUUGUUGUCUGCACUCGUGUCGAGUCCUCUGGCUCGUUUGGAUUGGAGUAAAGCAGUGACCGAUGCGUUGAAGGAGCAUACUGAAGUGAUGGACACCGCUCACUCCUACAAGAACUAUCGUGUUUUACUUCAACAGGCUGCUCCACCAACAGUUCCCUACAUCGGUGUGGUCCUGCAGGAUCUCACAUUCGUACACGCAGGAAACGCUGAUAAGCUUCCAAGUGAUCGAUGUGGAGGUCGUCGCGGUUUGAUCAACUUUCUCAAAAGGUGGCACCAAUACGCGAUUCUCGAUAGCAUUCGAAAAAUGAAACGAUGGAACUACGACAUUACGCGGGAUGAGAAGAUCUUGUGCUUCUUCGAUUCUUUUUCAACUUUUUUGACUGAAGAAGAGACUUGGGCACGAUCACACGAAAUCAAGCCUCCAAAUCGAAAAAAGCCAUAG